CCAAACUUCAAAGAGCUUUGAGUUAAAACGAAAUACCCACAUCCCACAUAGUUAUGUGGGGAAUCUGAUUUAGAAAGCUUCAGCCAAUCACAAAUGUCCUUUUUCCAAAAUCGCCAAUUCUUCGGCUAGAAUCUUUAGAAACUCUUUAACAUCCUUCGGUCCUUUCAUUCCCAUUCUCACCACUCCAUUCCGUUAGAACCGUUCAAGAACCCCCUUCACUUGCAAGGCCUGAAAAAUCACUUCCUCGUCUUCCUUGAAAUCCUCAAACACACAAUUAUUCAAGAUGGCCGCCGCUCAAACUUUCUACAACGCUCUCUUCCGAAGAAACUAUCAGAUGCUAGGAGCCGUCUUCGUUUCGGCUUUCGCAUUCGAGAUGUUUUACGAUUCCAGCAUGAACAAAGUCUGGGAUAGCUGGAACCGAGGGCGCCAAUGGAAGGACAUCCGAUCCCGAUACAUUGAGGAGGAAUAGAUUACAAGUUCCAGAAAAUGAAAAGGGGAGCAGCAUCCAGAAGACGAUAGAGAGCAUGCGAGACUGUACGACUGUAACUCAUAGACGAAAACAGACAAAAUAUCACGCACCCCUCGCACAAUAACUACCUAUGCUAUCCUAUCUUUCUAGUCUGAUUGCGACAGGUAAUGAUAAACGACAAUCAGGCGGGCCACAGCUGAAACAUCGGAAUGACAUAUCAAACCAAACAGGUCUUUUUUGUUUGAGAUUUCAACCGUAGUUGCUUCUCAAUUCUCUUGAUUCUAAAAUUGAUGAAGCCUCUCUUGGGUGCAAAACUUCAAUUACGUAUUUGUAUCAUGUUAGCAGUUUCGCCCUAGACUCGUAGAACUGACUAGAACUUAUACCCGGGCUCUAAUCAUAUUAAAUGAGAGCAUGCGCGAACAUCUGCGCGGACGUGUAUAUACAUAUGAUCAACUUGAAAUUAUAUAACAGGCACUCAGUGCUGGAUACCUACAUAUCGAAAUGGUACCUAUCGUUUUUGUACACCCAGAUCACAUAAUAAUUGCACUAAAUACUGCACAUAAUACACUACUUCG